AUGAUAACUUCCCGGCAUGGCUUUAUGAGCGCCCUCACGCGCCCCAGUCGCUCGCACGUCAAGUCGGAGCGCCGCAGCCAGCAGCACCUCGAGAUUCCCAAGCGCGCCGACACGGGCCAGUCGACGACCGGCAUGCCCGAGCCGCCUGCCAAGGAUGCGGACCUCGAGGCGGCAAUGAGUGCUCCUCCUGUGGCUCCGACGAACCUGGAAAUUCCGCGCGAGAUCGUCGCGUCCUGGGAGCGGGAGGCCGACGCCUCAAAGCCGCAGCAGCGGGAGUGCGGUUGCGACUCAUGGGGGGACUAUGUGAAGCGCGACAAAAUGCUGUCACUUAUGGAUGAUUGCCUCCCAGCAUGCGCAUCCAUCCGGUGCGGCGUGCUGUCACUUAUGAGCAUAGGGACAUGCUGCACGCCAUGCCUUGCCAUUCCGUGCAACUUUGAUAAGGACAUUCUCCUCUGCUGGUUCCAGCCGUGGAGCCCCUACGGGCCUUGCGUCUGUUGCUGCUGCUGGGAGGACACGUACCCGGCCUGGCUCAAGCAGCAGGAGCCCUCUGCCGAGCAGCUCAAACGCCACCGCGACGAGUACGUCAGUAAGAAGACCGCCGAGUACCUCAGCGAGCAGGCGGCCGCGCCGGAGCGCAUUACCGAGCUCGAGCGCAGUCUCGCCUGCGCACGUGCCGACCUGAAGCGGGCUGUGGACAGCGGCUACGCGACUGCAAGCGGUGACAUUGCGUCGGUACGGAAGCAGCUAGAGCACCUGCGGCGUGAGCUCGAUUCGGCUACAGCUACAAAGGAGCGGCAGCUUCAGUCGCUUUGCCAGCAGGAGGAGGCGGCAGCCAAGAAGGGCGACUACACCGCGGCCGAACGGCUGCAGACGGAGCGGAAGCAAAUCGAGUCGACAAACAGCGCCGCCCCUCUGCAGGAUCUGAUCGUGCCGCUUGAGAAGGGAGAGGCACUGCUCGCCAAAGUUGAGGGCCUGGCCACAGAGCUGGCGCAAGCACGGGACACGGCGGCCAAGGUCAAGAGGGAGAGGGCGAGGGCGGCGCGUGCAAGCGCCGAGAGCGACCUCCACCGGGAGAUGUUCAAGGUGGCUGACGAGCUCGGCGGAGUGUUCUCCACAUUGCGCGACAUGAAUGGCGACGCACGCUUCGAGGCCAAGGACCUCGUCUUCGGCAGGCCCGAGCAAGCGGCGCUCGGCGUGGAGCACUACAUGUGCGUCGAUGACGGCGACUUGCGAGCGAAGAUGAACGGUGGUCUUCAGGCCAUCCGCGCAGAGGUUGCCGCCAACGGCACCGACGUCGACAAGGAGUGCCUUGAGUACGUGCUCGACAAGGUGGCGGGAGAUAGCGGCAAGGCGUUUCAGGGCGGACUUUUGCGCGACUGCGAUGCGCAUGGCAACGUGCUGCCGAACCGCCGCGGCAAGCGGCUCGCCGAUUUCGUCGCCGACCCAAAGGCGCAGGUGGCCAAGUUGAACGAGGCGCACAUUGCAGCGCUGCGCUUCUACACCACCGCAGCCUUCAGCACCAUCAACAACGGCCUGCGUGACCAGGCCCGCUACAAGGCCGAGCGACCGCAUCAGUUCCCCGUGACUGUGGCCUUCAUUGCGGAAGGGCUCAAGAGGCUGCGAACGGUGGCUGGCAAGUCGACGGAGGCUAACAAGGAGGUCACUCUUUACCGCGGCAUGAAGGGCAUGAAGGUGCAAGACAACUUUCUGCAGCGAGGCAAGGGCGGCACCGAGCUCGCGCCGAUGUCAACGACCUCGUCCCUCAAGGUUGCGAUGCUGUACUCGGCGUCCGAAGACUCGCUUCUGCUGCGUGUCCUCUCCAAGAACUUUAUGGUGCGAGGCCCGGACAUCUCGUUCCUCUCCGCCUUCCCCGCGGAGCAGGAGUUUCUGUUCCCGCCGCUCACAUACCUGGAGCCCACCGGCGACGUGCAGAAGCUGCGCGUCGACGACGCCACCUUCACCGUCAUCGACGUGCGGCCGCAGCAGUAG